UGAGGUAAGAGAAGAACGGAAAAGAAACCUAGGGAACGUACCCUACGCCGCAUUGCAGGCUAUCCUUGUCUCCUCUCUCUCCUCUCCCUUCCAAGAAGAGCUGAGCGACACAAGGAAAAGGAGAUCUAUUGCUUAUCUUUCCUUAAUCUGAUUGGCUUCGACGAUUCAGCUUCUCAUCUCUUUUCAUUAAAACCCUAAUCCCUCCCUAUUUCGAAGUAUAAUACGAAUUUGAAUUAGAUCUUCUCCCCCAAUUGUUCUUUUCUUUCCCAGCUACCAAACAGAGUAAUUUCCGUAGCUUAUUUAGAAGACCUGUUCGAAAAAUCAUCAUAGUUCUAUAUGGAUAAUGAAAAUAUGAUUGCCCUCCAUGCUUCUGGUGAAUCUGCCCGUGAGAGUGAGAAUGAUGAUGAAGAUAAUUUUGAGAAUGGUCCAAGUGAGAUUGAUUCUCAACAAACUAGUUCCAAGGAUGAAGAACAUAAACUCAACAGUGUAGAGAAGGGGCACAAGAGUGUUGUUCAAUGUGAAAAUGGUGAUCAGCUUCCAGAAUCAAACCCUCAAAAGGAUUUGAUUGACAGCGAUUCGGAUAUGGAAAUUGAGGAUUUGAAUAGUGUCCCUGCAUCAACAGGGGUUCACAAUGAGGAUGGUGCUCAAUGUGAAGAUAGUCAUUGCUUACCAGAACCAAACCUUGAAAAGGAUGUCGUUGAUAACUCAUCUUUCUUACAAGUGAAUGUCAAAUUGACUGAAAAUGUUUUAGUUGCUGUGGCACCAAAUAGUGGGGCAAAUGCUGAGAUUGGUCGUCUUGCCUUCCAAGAAGAGAACUCCAUUGGGAUAAAAAAGAUGGGUGGCAGUUCUAUUUCAGGUAUCAAGAGAGCCCGGGUAAUGUUUGAUGAACAGCAGCAACCGUCAGUGUGUGUCAAAUAUACUUCCUUAACAAGAGCUAGUAAACAUAAGCUUGAAGAGCUAUUACAGCAAUGGUCAGAAUGGCAUGCUCAACAUGUUUCCAAAACCCAAGAUCCAGUUGAAGUAUUAGAAUCUGGAGAAGAGACAUUCUUUCCUGCUUUACAUGUUGGCUUGGAGAAAACGUCAUCUGUGUCUUUCUGGAUGGACAAGCAAACAAGGAAAGAACAGAACAAGGAAUUUGUUGAAUUGGAUUGUAACUCUGUGCCUCUAUAUGAUCGUGGUUUUGCAUUGGGUUUGACAUCAGAUGAUGGUACAAAUAACAUUGAGGGAGGUGUGGAGAUUAUUGAUGACGCUGCCCGUUGUUUCAAUUGUGGUUCCUAUAAUCAUUCUUUGAAGGAAUGUCCAAAACCUCGUGAUAGAGUUGCUGUCAACAAUGCUCGCAAACAGCACAAGUCCAAGCGUAACCAGAAUAGUGCUUCACGCAACUCAACUCGGUAUUAUCAGAAUUCUCCAGCUGGAAAGUAUGAUGGUUUAAGGCCAGGAGCUCUUGAUGCUGAAACACGGCAGCUUUUGGGUCUCUCGGAGCUUGAUCCACCUCCUUGGCUAAGUAGAAUGCGUGAAAUUGGAUACCCUCCAGGAUACCUUGAUCCUGAUGACGAGGAUCAACCAUCAGGUAUUAUAAUAUUCGGUGAUGGCGAUAUUAUGAAGGAUGAGCAGGAGGAUGGAGAAAUUAUUGAAACACCAAGUGAAGCAAAGAGGAAAAAGAGUGUAGAGUUUCCAGGGAUAAACGGGCCUAUUCCAGAAAAUGCCGAUGAGAGACUCUGGGCAGCUUCACCAUCAUCUUCAGAUAUUUAUAGGAACCGAACACACCGCAGAUCCAGUCAUCUAUCAGAACAAGUCAGCAGAGGACAUCAGCGUGAGGAAAGGUGGUCCAGGGAAUUAAGAGAAGAUGGACCACCUGGUGUUGACGAUAGUUUUACCUCAGCAACUUACCUUCCCAGAUAUGGUAAUUAUGAAUCUAACUACAACUCUCACAGUCCAAGAGCUAAUCCAAUAGGAAGGUUUGAACCAGACAGAGGUAGACGAAGCCGUUUUCUUGAUGAAGGAUUUUCAAACCAUGGCUCUGUUGCUUCAUCCUAUCCACCACGUCUCUCACCAAUAGAUUAUGGCUCCAGUCGAUACGAAAAUUGGGUUGAUGAAAGCAGGAAUGGUUACGAUCCUGAUAAUUUGAUGCAUAGUAGUAGGGACAGGCAUCGCCAUCACGGUAGAAGGUAAAUGGAGUUAUGGGAUUGUUUGUUGUAGCCAUAAAAGAUCUGUAGAAGAGUUUUUUCCUUAGUUAAGAACUGAGGAGGGACUUGUACAAAAGAAUUAGAAGCAUCUUUGUUAGAUGGUUUUUGACCAGUUAAGCAGCUUAUAAUUUUUUAGGUUAGUAUACAGAUCGAUUGUAUUGACACAUAUGGGAAUGUAGUUGUUAUAUUACACAUUUGCUGUGAUCACCUUUGGUGGCAUUUAGACCCUUUUAAUUAGUCUUGUUUGAUGUA